UGUCAUUACCAGACAACCUUGACAGUCAAAUUGAGGAGUUGUAUAAAUCAUAGUUAGUACAUAUAUAUGACGACCUGAGUUAAUGAAUAGUCAUUCUGUGACGAGACUUCUCACAAGCAAACAGCACCAGGGAAUGUGUUGAUUUAACUUUUGUUAAGAAAUUACAGCAAUAAGUUAAAAAUGGCCGAUUCCGAUAAGCAACUGCAAGCAAGUAUGAAGACGGAAUUUGAGGGCAAAAUAGAUGCGAAGCUCAAGGAAGUAGAAGCUAUUAAAGAAAACAUAGAAAAGGCUGUUAAGUACAAAGAAACCUACGAUAAGCGAAUGGGUGAAAACAAAACUGAAGUCGCAGAGAGGGCGAAAGUUCUUUUAUCCAGCAUCAAUGAUACCGUAAGUGAACUUAAUUCUGAUAUUGAAAAGAAAAGAGAGAACGAUUUCCAAGAGUUGGACAAACAUUGCGAAGAAAUUCAAAACAAGAGUACAAAAUGUAAAAAACAACUGGAUUAUUUCAAACUAGUUUUCGGUUCGCUCCCUGAUGAUGAUGAUAUUGUUCAACAAUUUAUCAAAGAUUCCACCCCUAAAUUGGAUGGAAUGACAUUAUCGGUCAAUAUGGACUUUCCAAAACCAUUAAAACUUAUUUCUAGUUCAUCUAUCGACGUAAAGGCAUGUUUUGGAAAAAUUGAAGAGGACCUGUAUUUUUGUCCGACUGGUGAAGAGAGACCAAAAUAUCGAUCGCAAUUAGAGGUCGAGCGGCGGUUCAAACCGGAACCGAACAGAUCCAGUAUUUUUGGUAUUCAGAUACGACCCGAUGGUAAAGCCUGGGUGACAACAAUCAAUUAUCGUAUUCUCCUUGUUCUGAGAAAUGGGCAAAUUUACGACGAAUGCAUGGUCAAAUUUCUACCAGUUUUCACAGCUGUCAAUAAGUAUGGCAAUUUAUAUUGCUCCAGUGGAACAUCAUCCAUAAUCCGUGUUAAGAAAGAUUUUGACAUGGAAGAGUUUACAAACUUAUCGCCUUGGAAAACGUUCGGUCUUCACGUAACAAACGACGAGCAUCUGCUGGUAUGCCUUGAAGGUCCUCAGAGGAGUAAAGUCGUGAAGUAUUCCGAAAUGGGAAUGCCUGUACAAGAAAUCAUGCUCGAUACGGAUAACGAACCAAUUUUUAAAGUUCCAAAGUAUGUCACUCAAAACGCUAGUGGUCAGAUGUGUGUGUCUGACGAGGGACAUCUAAUUAUCGUCGAACCUUCUGGAAAGAAAUAUGUAAAGUAUAAGCCAACCGAUGAAACCUGGAUCGGAAAGUCUCUAAUCGUUGAUAAGUUCGACAAUUUAAUCAGCAGUGAAUGUCCAUUGAAAAUAAGACCCCAGAACAUUCACAUCAUGAACUCAAAGGGGGAAAAUGUCAAAACGUUCAAAUUAGAAGGCCCGAAAAUUUCCGGAGUGAAUGCUCUAGCUAUUGAUUAUCAAUAUGAUGACCCUGUCAUAUGGAUUGGAACACCUCUUGGUGACGUCAUCAUUGCUGAAUUUGUUAACAAGGACAUUUGAUAUAUCUAAUAUUCAAAUUCUGACUGUGUGUUCUUUAAAAAUGUAUCUCAUGUAUAUUUUCCUUUUUAAUUAUAUAUAGUUAAUAAAUAUAUGAAUCUGAAA